AUGUCUCCACCGCCGUCGGGCCUCCAGCUGGAUCUUGAAGCCCUGAGCGGCAUCUGCGGUUCGAUUUCCAUAGCCUGCUGGGUCGUCGUCUACUCCCCUCAAAUCAUAGAGAACUUCCGCCGCUCCUCCGCCGAUGGCCUUUCUCUCCUCUUCGUCAUCAUCUGGACUCUCGGCGAUGUCUUCAACGUUCUCGGAGCAGUGCUGCAAGGAGUCCUCCCCACGAUGACGAUCCUGGCAGUUUACUAUACCCUUGCCGACAUAGUGUUACUGGGUCAAUGUUUCUACUACAAAGGCUUUACGCUCCUGGAAGCGCCGGCGGGCAAGUCUACACCAGCCAUUGACGAGGAAGCGGUAGAAGAAGAGCCCCCUACAGAACAGUCUUCCCUCUUGCCGCAUAAAAGGCCCUCGAACACCCCUGAUCGACCUGCUAUCUCAGAUGCAGAGCAUCUUUCCACCCGUGGCUCAUUCUCUUCCCUCCACUCUGGUCUGUCGAAUGGCCAGCUGGAUGCUACGCAUCUCUCUCCUGCCACGCCCUUUACUCCACCUAGGACCUCGACUCCUACGGAAACUCUAACGAAACCUAAGUCAGCCCUCUACGCUCUCUUUUUUAACAUUGCUGCCCUUAUCCUUGUCUGCGCAGCCGGUAUAUUGGGCUGGUGGCUGUCUUCUCGCUCGUCCCGUGCUCAAUACCCAGACCGCCAUGAUCAUCACCAUCACGAUUGCCACCGGUCUCCUCCUUCCACAAAUGACACCUCGGAAUCCCUCCACUUAGACCUCUGGGGCCAAACAUUUGGCUACCUCUGCGCAGCCCUCUAUCUGGGCUCCCGCAUCCCGCAACUUCAUCUCAAUUACCGCCGGAAAAGCACCGAAGGAGUCAGCAUGCUGUUUUUCCUUUUCGCAUGUGUGGGGAAUCUCACAUACGUGAUGAGCAUAUUCGCCUACGAGCCAGCAUGUGCGAGAUUUGAAAGAUACAAUGAUGUAAGGGGUGGAUGCGAGAGCGGAGAGUGGGCCAGAGGUUACGGUCAGUAUAUCCUUCUCAAUGCGAGCUGGCUAAUUGGCAGCGCUGGCACGCUGGUCUUGGAUUUUAUGAUCUUUGGACAAUUUUGGAUUUACAGGGAUCGGAAGCCGGAGGUGGCUUGA